ACUUGCAAUAUCCUGUUGUAACAGAACUCCAGUACUGAUUGAGAUGAACUUUCAACUUACUUUGAAAGUAUGUCAAGUAUUGAAGUAAAGAUUGACAUCUGACAUACUAGUUAAAAAACUGAUGUAGACGUCUUAGAAAUGUUGCACUUAUACUGAACACGGAGGAUAAACACUGGGAAAUGGCACAACAAAACGGUAUUCAAAUAGAAAAAGAGGAAAUUCGGAUGAAAAGAAGCAUCAACUUGUUACACUGUGUAGCAGUGCUAGUGGCAGUGACAGGGCAUAUUUCAGUUUUUAUUUCACCAAGUGUCAUAUUUUCAACCGCUGGGUCUAUCGGGUUAACCAUUAUUGUGUGGACAGUUGCCGGUUUGUUAAAUCUAAGUGCGUGCCUGUGUUUUGUGGAAAUGGCCACUAUUUUCCCCUCAGCUGGGGGUCCUUACGCAUACGUCAACAAUGUGUUUGGCGGGCUGUCUGGGUUUAUCAUCAUGUGGGGUUAUACGCUCCUGAUAAUUGGACCAUUCUGGGCAUAUCUCUCUUACACUGCGUCUGUGUACAUUUUGGAACCAUUUUUCCCCAUUGGAUGUGAACCGCCUGCUCUUGGUGUAAGACUACUUGGAGUAUGGAUAUUAGCCACACUUGUAGUGCUGAACUGUAUAUACAUGAAGUAUGUCACCAAAGUACAGACACUUUUGACAGCCAGUAAAGUUGUAGGCCUUGUUCUCAUCAUAACGCUGGGAGCCGUCGUACUCGCCAGAGGACAUGAGACAAAAAGCAAUUUUGAAGAUGUCUUUGAGAAUACCCCGACAGACCCGGGCCCAAUUGCAAUGGGAAUUUUUUAUUCUCUGUUUGUUUAUGGUGGCUGGCAAAUCGUCUGCGGUCUGAUGGAGGAGGUCAAAGAACCAUCAAGAGAUAUACCUCGUGCAGUGUACAUUUCUUUUUUGGUUGUCACAGUUCAAUAUGUUCUCGUCAACAUUUCGUAUUUCCUCGUUCUCAAUCCAGCCCAAUUCUUAUCAUCUAAUGCUGUCGCUAUUACAUUCACACAAGUCCACUUUCCUUUCCUCACUCCAGUUGUGUCUAUUCUGGUCGGAAUGUCAGCAGUAGGGGUCCUGAAUGCUUCCAUAAUGGGACAUUCCAGAGUGAUGUUCGCUGGUGCCAGAAACGGCCACAUGCCGACCAUAUUUGGAAUGCUUCAUGUGCGUUAUCUAACACCAUGGCCAGCUAUUGUUCUGAAGGCGACAUGGGGAGCCGUAAUGCUGUUUUCAGGCAGCGUUGACAUUUUUAUGCAGUUCAUCCAAGCGUUUUCUUCUGUGAUGACUGUUUUUGUUAUCUCAGCAUUGCUCUAUCUUCGUUGGAGUCAACCACAGCUCCACAGACCCUACAAGACAUUUCUAGUAAAUGCCAUCUUUGCGUGUGUGUAUCAGUUCGUGGUUCUUCUGUUAGCGUUGUACCAGGAACCUCGGAGGAUCGGUCUUGCGCUGGCCAUUAUUGCCAGUGGCGCCCCCUUGUACUGGAUAGGAGUCUCCUGGAAGUCCAAACCCGAGUCCUUCAAACAAACCAGCAAAAAAAUCACCAUCAGCCUUCAGAAAAGCCUCCUCCUCAGCAAGACUUCAUAACUGGGUGCUGUUAUUACUUAAAUACACUUUGUAUUGCUGUUAUUACUACCACACUAUUAAUUGCUUUCUAGUUAUAGAAAGAAACUCAGAACUGGGUAAUGGACAAAACUCUCAAUAUUUCUACAGGUAAUAUUUUAUAUGAGAGAAAUUUGAAACAUAAACUUAGAAAAGAAAAUGAUGUUUUUUCGUAAAUGCCUACUGGUAUUGUUUAUUCCUUGAUAAUUUUUUUUUAAAGGUGCUGAAUUGGGUGUCAUAUUUUUUAUAUUUAGCUUCUUGCCUGUGAUUUGCCAAUAUACAUGUGUGUUGCAUAUCUACUGAAUAUACACCAUGGGGGUAUUUUGUUUUAUAGCAUUAUUAAGACUUUCUCAUGUAAAUAAUCCAUCAAUUAAAGUAGAGAAAGGAAAUCAGUGUUAAACCUUACAGCUGGGUACUGUGAUUUAUUGAGAUAUGUUUAGUUAUAUGCUUUUUGUCAUAAUGAGCAAACCUUUAUAUAUGGGUUUUUUAAAUCCUUGUUAUUUACAUAGAGUGACUUCUACCAAUGUUUUAAGUAGUAUAUAGCAUCAAUAUGAAUUAUUCAGAAUUUGCUCUAUACGAUGAAUAUUAUAUAAUAGCAUGCAGUUUUUUACAUCAAAAUUUUAAAAAUCUAGGAAAAGUCAAACAUUUAUGCCACCUUGGGAUUACCAGCAAUCUCUUCUUAAAUUGAAACAUUACAGAAACUCAGGGACUACAUACUGAUGCUUUAUUUUUGGAAAGAUGAUUUCAAAUUGUACCCAGUCCUUUGAGUUUUUGAAGUUUAGUUUUUAUCAAUAAUUUGUUUGUAUGAAAUCCUUGUUUCAUUUACAAUUUACAUAGUUCCCAGUAGACUUUGCUAAAAUUCUAUUCUUACUCCAUAUUUAACUGUACGUUAGGAUUUGACAUAUCAAUAUUUACACCUUUCAAUAUGAAGCCUUGUACAGUGUAAACCUUUGACUGGUGGUAUUGUAUGACACUGUACAGUGUAAACCUUUGUCUGACGGUAUUGUAUGACACUGUACAGUGUAAACCUUUGACUGAUGGUAUUGUAUGACACUGUACAGUGUAAACCUUUGUCUGACGUUAUAUUAUAUUAUAUACAUGAAACUUUUAGAAUGCUUUUUCUACAUCUUUUAACUCCUGGUUAAAUGUUAUUCGAUUGUCAAGAGUUUUGAAAUCCAUGACGUACAUGUACUACAGCAAUCUCUGUCAUAUAUGGUCAAAACUGGUUUUGUUUUAUUAGGAUAUAUUAGAAUACUUGUUAAUUAUAUACUGUCUAUGUGUGAUUUUAGUGAGGCAUUCCUGUAUUAAUUUGUAUACUGUUUGAUUGUAUUGUUAUCAUUUUCAUGAUAGGAUCUUUUUUUUUUUCUUUUUUUUUUUUUAAUUUUUGCAAUGUAUACAUUGUUUUAUCAUUCAAUUACAUAACAAGAUGUCAGAUUUUUAUUAGUUUACAACAUUUAAUGAGAAUAUCAUGAACUUUUAUAAACGAUACUUACAUAUACUAUAAAGGCAUUGUGUAUUUUAUUCUGUUGUAUAUACGAGUACUUGAAGGAUUUAUUGUUGAAAGCUGAAAAUAAAAAUGCUGCAUUACGAAAUAUUCCUAUUUAGCUUACCUGAGUGAAAGUUCAAGUGCUGAUCACCUGUUGUCCAUUGUUUAUCCAGUAAAUCACUUUUCUGCACUUAUUAGCUCACCUGAGCUGAAAGCUCAAGUGAGCUAUUCUGAUCGCCUGCUGUCCGUCCGUCCGUCUGUCUGUAAACUUUUUACAUUUUCGACUUCUUCUCCAGAACCACUGGGCCAAUUUCAACCAAACUUGGCCAAAAGCAUCCUUGGGUGAGGGGCUUUCAAGUUUGUUCAAAUGAAGGGCCAUGACCCUUUCAAAGGGGAGAUAAUCACAAAAAUGCAAAAAUAGGGUGGGUACAUUUAAAAAUCUUCUCAAGAACCACUGAGCCAGAAAAGCUGAAAUUUACAUGAAAGCUUCCUGACAUAGUGCAGAUUCAAGUUUGUUAAAACCAUACGAUAUCUGGAUAAUGAAUUGUAUAUUCGUUUAUUUGACAUUAUUUGUCGAAAUGCGCAUCUGGUGCAUCAAAAUUGGUACCGUAUAAGUUUUACAUGUACAUGUAUGUUUUGGUAUGUAAACCUGAAAUCAGAAACUAUUUCACCAACUUAGUGAUUUCUGUAGGACAGAUGAAUGACAAAGAGGGUAAAUCCUUUUAUUCUUUUUAUAUUUUCCCAUGAAAACCUAACAAUUUAAAUCAUGAUACAUAUCUUGAAAUACAUGUAGUACGAUAUUAACUUCUACUAGUGGGAUUUAUGGUUUUCCAUAGAUAAUUAUAUUGAAAUCCAGUAAAAGCGUGUCAUUUGAUGAACUGUAGAUCGCAGGCUGGAAUCCAUCAGUAGUUUUGAUUUUUUUUCUUCCGAUUACUUCCUACUAAAACUGCAUUUUUAGCUGAGUUGCAACGAAGUUGAACUCGGCUAUUGGCUUGGUGAUGCGGGCGGGCGGUUGGGCGUCAACAAUUGGUUUCCGGAUGAUAACUCGAAAAGUUUACAAUCUAAUCAAAUGAAACUUUGAUAUAUUGUUGGGUACCAGGUAAGAAAGACCCCUAUUGAUUUUGGAGAACAAAGGUCAAGGUCACAGUGACCGAAAAUUUCAGAAAAAUUUGGUUUCCGGAUGAUAACUCAGAAAGUUUAAAUCUGAAUCAAAGGAAACUUUGAUAUAUUGUUGGGUACUAGGUAAGGAAGACACCUAUUGAUUUUGGAGAACAAAGGUCAAGGUCACAGUGACCGAAUAUAGAAUGAAAAUUUCAGAAAAAUUUGGUUUCCGGAUAAUAACUCAGAAAGUUUAAAUCCGAAUCAAAUGAAACUUUGAUAUAUUGUUGGGUACCAGGUAAGGAAGACCCCUAUUGAUUUUGGAGAAAAAAGGUCAAGGUCACAGUGACCGAACAUAGAAUGAAAAUUUUAGAAAUAUUUGGUUUCUGGGUGAUAACUCAGAAAGUUUAAAUCCGAAUCAAAUGAUACUUUGUUAUAUUGUUGGGUAUCAGGUAAGGAAGACCCCUAUUGAUUUUGGAGAAAAAAGGUCAAGGUCACAGUGACCGAAUAUAGAAUGGAAAUCUCAGAAAUAUUUGGUUUUCGGAUGAUAACUCAGAAUGUUUAAAUCCGAAUCAAAUGAAACUUUGAUAUAUUGUUGGGUACCAGGUAAGGAAGACCCCUAUUGAUUUUGGAGAACAAAGGUCAAGGUCACAGUGACCGAAAAUAGAUUUAAAAUUCCCAAAAAAAAUUAGUUUCCGGAGAAUAACUUGAAAUUUUUUAAUUUGAAUCAAAUGAAACUUGGUUAUAUUGUUGGAUACCAGCAAAGCAAGGCCCCUAUUGAUUUUGGAGAAAAAAGGUCAAAGUCACAGUGACCAAAAAAUAGAUUGAAAACUUCAGACAAAUAUGGUUUCUGGACAGUAACUUGAAAAGUUUAAAACUGAAAUUAGUUCUUCACAAUUAUAAAUAUGCCACAUCAUUUCUCACUUUACAAUGUAUCCCAUGCAACUCGGCUUAAGCACCCCUGGGUGCAUAUAUUGAUUUUUUUUACUAAAUAAAGUAAAUUUGAAAGUUUUCAAUUUUAUCAACAUUAAAUCUCUCUGGUGUAGUAUUUCUCCUUAAUGAAAAAUUUUCACAAUGUAUUGAUAACAAUUUGUAAUUAGGGAUUAAAGUAUAUACAAUUCAAAUUCUAUAUAGCAAAUCUAAAUUUCAUUUUUGAAAAUACAUGAGGGUAUGGACUGUGACGUUUUCCGCCGGUAUUUUUCCGGAAGUGUGUUUAGUGUCUCUUCAAAAUAAAAAUAUCCCGGCCAGAGGCAUCACAGUUCAUACUCUCAUCUACUUUCAGCAAAAAUCAUUAAUCAUAUUUACACAUUCUACUUUCAUUUCUGUCGGAAUUCCCAGUCGUUAAAAUAGACGUGCUAUAUUUACCUGUAUUCGUUAUUUAUAACUGCAGCGAGGAAAUGGCUAUUAUUACAAUUCGUUAAGGUAUCAAAGGCAGAAACAUUGAAAUUGUAAAUACAUAACAUACACUGAGGUUGAUAUUACAUACAAUAUACAUUAAGACAGAUAUACUAUUAUGGCCUACUUAUCAGGGAGACAUUGAGGUUGAUAUUACAUACAAUAUACAUUACUAUUAUGGACUACUUAUAGCAGGGAGACAUAACAAAUCAUCCUGUCUUAGGGUUAUCACCCAUGUCUCCCUUCACGUGACCAGCUGUCGACCAAUGAAAUUGACUAUUAUUCUGAAGGAUAGUAAUAAUACAUGUACAUGUAGUUAACAUUGAUAAUGAUAUACUAUGUACACUAAGAAUGAUAUCUAAGAUACAUGGUGACUAGUAAGUGUAAAUAGUAUGCAUUUUGACAAGCAUACAGUACACAUUGAGAAUAAUAUACAAUGUACACUGAAUGAUAUACAUUGAGAAUGACGAACAAUAUGCACUGCGACUAUAUGAUAUACAAUAUAUGACACGAAUGCCAUGUAUACACAGAAUAAUUCCGAGAACGACUGAAAAUUAUCACAGUAUACUACAUAUACACAUGAAAAAGUCAACACUAAAACAAACAAAAUGCUGUUUGAAUCCUGGGUGUACACUUGAAUAAUAGCAAACAUAAUCAAUAAAAUCUCAAACAGGUAAUCUCAAAGAUAUCAUUAAAACCUAGAGAUAUCAAAUAAAUCCUAGAGAUAGCUAUAAAACCUGUAGAUAUCGAUAAAUCCUAUAGAUAUCAAUAAAACAUCCUACAGAUAUCAUUAAAACCUAGAGAUAUCUAUAAUACCUCCUACAGAUACCAAUAAAACCUCCUUCAGAUAUC